GGAAUAUAAUGACCAUCCUCUCUUUACACGUUAUUCUAAUCCAGCGAUUUUUUUUUUGGAGCCAAUAUGUCGACAUAAGAAAUGCAGUUUCCUGCACCGGCUCUAGUCUGUAGUCAAUUCAAGUUGCCUCCGGCGCGGUUAGUUCUGUGCUCCAAGAGAGAACAUGGCGGAAACAACUGGUUUCGUGGAUUCUGAGCUGGAUCGCGAGAGGAAAAUAAAUGAAACAAGGGAGCGAUUCAAGAAUGAAUAUUUGGCAGAAAAGUAUGAUCCUAGAGAUGUGGAAAAGCUUCAGAAAGAUGAUGAUUUGGUGCACAACUAUCUGCAGUGGCGUCUAUUCAACGUGGAUGAUACUUUAAAGAUGAUAGAUGAGAGUUUUCAGUGGAGGAAAGAAUAUAGAGUAAAUGACUUAACGGAAAAUGACAUUCCCACUUGGAUGUUUGACACUGGAGCAGUUUAUCUACAUGGUUAUGAUAAAGAAGGAAAUAAGUUGUUUUGGUUCAGGGUGAAGAUGCAUGUAAAGGAUGCAAAAACAGCUUCAGACAAAAAACGCUAUGUGGCUUUUUGGCUGGAGAGAUAUGCAAGAAGGGAACCUGGAAUGCCUCUGACUGUUGUGUUUGACAUGACAGAAUCUGGAAUAACUAAUAUAGAUAUGGAUUUUGUAAAGUACAUCAUCAGUUGUUUCAAGGUUUAUUAUCCAAAAUUCCUUUCAAAAAUGAUCAUGUAUGAAAUGCCAUGGAUCAUGAAUGCUGCAUGGAAAAUUGUGAAGACUUGGCUAGGCCCUGAGGCAAUAAGCAAGCUGAAGUUUGUAUCAAAGAAUGACAUUCAAGAGUUCAUUGAUCGUGAAUAUCUACCUCCAUACAUGGGUGGAAUGGACGACUUUAAAUAUAGCUAUCCACCUUUACCAGAUGAUGAUUUUCAAACACCACUAUGUGAAAACGGACCUAUUGUCAGUGAGGAUGAUACAGAAAGUAAAGAUGAUGCUGAAUCAGAAUGCAGGGAUCCACUUGAAAUGAGCCAGAAUGAAGAUCAACUGCAGAAAACAAAAAAGGUGAACUUUCUUGAAGAAAAUUUGAAACAAGCUGAAGAGAAAGGAAGUGGCAUAAGCAAGACAAAGUAUGUCAAAAAACCAAUGACAACAUUCAAAGGACAAUUGCUUAACAUCAGCCCUGCAGAAGAAUUGAACUUUGGAUCUAGAGAUGGUGAAAGAAAAUGUAAAAUAAUAUUAUACAAUGUGACUAAAAAUGUAGUAGCCUUUAAGGUAAGAACUACAGCUCCAGACAAAUACAGGGUAAAACCAAGUAAUAGCAGCUGUGAUCCUGGGGCUUCAUUAGACAUUGUAGUGUCCCUUCAUGGAGGUUCUCAAGCAUCUCCCCAGGACAGGUUUCUUGUAAUGGCAGCUGAAAUGGACCAGAAUUCUGGAACCAGUACAUCUGAUUUAGCUCAGUUUUGGAAAGACGUCCCCAAAGUCAAAGUGAUGGAACAUAGGUUAAGAUGUCAUGUUGUUGAAAGCAAUAAACCAAACAGUUUGCUUCUGAAUGAGAGAACAGUGGAAAACUAUGCUGAAAACAAUCAUGAAGAUAUUAAUUCAAAGAUUUUCAGAUUGAUGGCAAGCAAUAAAAAAUUUGAAGCACAGAUUGAUCAGUGCCUUUGGUUUCAAAAGAUGCUAAUGGGUUUGGUUUCCCUACUAAUGGCCAUUACCUGCUCCACACUUUAUUUGUUAUAUAAUGAAAAACGGCAGAUUUGAGACCUGCCGUUCCCUGCUGAGCCUGUUUAUUGCAAGUUGCCUGCUUUUGUAUCCAAAUCAUUAACAAGUGCCACCUAUUUUGUACUGGACAAGAUCACUCUGCAAUUUUACUGAUAUUGCGUAUAAUGAUGUAAAAAAAAAAAAAAAGUUAAAGUUAAUAGACAAAAAAUGAUGUAAAGUGCUAAUUAAAGUGUGCAGCCAUAUGAAAAUAUUUUAACUUUCUUUCUGUAUAUUGCCAUUAAUUAGUAUGCACGAUUUUAAUUAUGCACUAAAGACACUGGAUAAAAGUUUAAACCCAGAGUAGCAGAUACUGUAUAUUAGUAUGCAUUACUAAUGUGUAAAUUAGUAAACACAAAUGUAAAACACCUUAUGCCAUUAUAAUAAUUUAAAUAAUUUGUGUAAUUUGUUAUAGAGGGCAAAACUGUAGAUUCUGAUUUUUGAAUGAUGUACAGAGAUAUAAUUUUUUUCGUUAUUGUUUAUAAAUUAUUUUAUCAA